AUUAUCCGAUUCUUACAGUUCCUUGGCCGUCUCGUAUUGGUGUAUACGUUUUAUAAUGGGAUUCCGUAUCCAUCGGGCCUGAUUGUGGUUUUGUUCAUUCUGCGUUGCCCUUUUGCGCCAACUACCAAGAUCUCAGAUUUCCGGCGACAUUUUUAUUGCUGAAAACUCCAGCGGGCUUGACACCGUCGUUCGUCGAUUGUUUGGAUUUUAUAUCGGCUGCUUGUGCGCCGCGACUGUCCACUUGGCGGGUCUUCAAGAAAUUCAUAUCGGGUACAAUCCGCUGAAACUUCGUCUGAUCCAGACAAUCCAAAAAUGUCUGGUAUUGCAUUAACUCGAUUAUCUGAAGAGCGUAAAGGAUGGAGGAAAGAUCAUCCAUUUGGUUUUGUGGCUAAACCAGGCAAAAAUCAAGAUGGUUCAUUGAAUCUUAUGGUUUGGGAAUGCUAUAUACCUGGGAGAAAGAGUACUCCUUGGGAAAAUGGAAUGUAUUUCUUACGUAUGAUCUUCAAGGACGAUUAUCCAUCGAGUCCACCAAAAUGCAAAUUUGAGCCUCCAUUAUUCCACCCUAAUGUUUACCCCUCCGGUACUGUGUGCUUAUCACUAUUGGAUGAAGAAAAAGAUUGGCGUCCAGCUAUCACUAUUAAGCAGAUAUUGUUGGGGAUACAAGAUCUAUUAAAUGAACCCAACAUUAAAGAUCCUGCUCAGGCAGAGGCAUACACUAUUUAUUGCCAAAAUCGUGUAGAAUAUGACAAACGUGUCCGAGCACAAGCCAAAGCAAUGUCCAGACCAGAAUAAGUAACAGUUGGCAGAGAGAAGAUAAUGAAUUUAUUUGUUUACCCUACUAAAAUAGUAACAAUUCUCAAUAAUUUUUUCACUUCUGUAAAUCAGUAAGAAAUAUCUAAAUGUAUCAUUAUCAACAUUCUCUCUUUUUUUUUACAUUAAAAGAUUAUAUUCUUUUUUUUAUUAUAUUAUAGCUGUACUAUUAUUUAUAUUAACUACUACAUUGUAUUUAUAAAUAUUUUGAGAACAAAUCGAUUUAAUGCUACUUUUCUUAUACAAAAAGAACAACAACAAUGACCAGUCAUUAGUCAACUUGUUCUUGUGUGAUGAACUACUCAAAAGUAAGCUAAUGAUUGGUCAAAGUUUAUUGGGGCUCACUAGUUACACAACAGAACCUAAUUGUUAAUUAUUGUUGAAAUUGUACUGUGUCAUUACCAAUUAAUUUCCUUAACAUUUUGCGUCUGCGUGACUGAUUUUGUAAAAUUGAAUUUUUGUUUACACAUUUAAAAUGACAAAUGAAUUUUCUUGUACUUUU